AUGGGUACCUACAGCUCAGACGAUGACAUGCCUCUUGCGAGGCCAAACGGGCGUUUGUCAUCUUCCAAGAUAUCCCGCGCUCAAGACAUCGCCUUGGAUAAGUCUGUGCCUAAGAAAGGCUCUGGAAUGGCUGGACUAUCCAUCCGUAACGGACCCGUCGAAAAUGGCGACAUGGACUUGGAUUCGCCCUCUACAAACGGGGCGAAGCGUAAGUCACGAGUCUCAUUAACGCAGGUCGAUUACAAAGAUGGAUCGGACAGCGAUGGUGAACCUCUGGCAAAACGACCACGAUCCAAAAAGGUCGAGCAAUCCGAUUCGGACGAUGAACCCAUGGUCAAAGCUAGAGGGAAGAAGCUGCCUCCUUCUUACAAGGAAACUGCACUGCCUGAGUCCUCCUCUGAUGAGCAACCUCUAGGUGUCAAGCUGGCUAAGAAAAAGGCUGACAUCGAGAAGAAGGCCGAGAAGGAGGCUAAGUCUAUUCGUGCUAAAGAAGCGAAGGCAAAGGCUACACCGAAAAAGGCCCUUAAGAACGAAUCAGAUGAUGACCUGCCUCUUGCGGCCAAAAAGCGGCAGUCAAAUGGCUCGGCUAAGUCGAAACCAGCUAGUGCUUCUGCCAAGGGGAAGAAAGCAGUAUCGGCAAAGGACACCAAAGACACCAAGAAAGCCAAAUCCAAAGAACCCAGCGAGGAAGAAGAGGAGGAGGAGUUUGAGUGGUGGAAUGCGCCGAAGCGAGAAGACGACAGCAUCAAGUGGCGAACUCUCGAGCACAACGGAGUUUUGUUCGCGCCAGAAUAUGAACCCCUUCCGAAACACAUAAAGAUGUACUACGAUGGCAAACCCGUCUCACUCGCCCCGGAAGCAGAGGAGGUCGCCACUUUUUGGGUUGCCAUGAUGACUGCCGCAUCUACUCACCACUUGGAGAACCCUAUUUUCCGCAAAAACUUCUUUACAGACUUCUCUGAAAUUAUCAAGAAGCACGGCGCUAAAGAUGCCCAAGGGAACAAGAUUGACAUCAAGAGCUUGGAUAAGUGCGAUUUCUCCAAGAUGGCAGAAUACUGGACAGCAAAGAAUGAAGCCAAGAAGAGCAUGACCAAGGAGGAGAAAGCAGCUGCCAAGGCUGAGAAAGAUGCGCUCGAGGCUCCGUAUCUUUACUGUACGUGGGAUGGAAGAAAGCAAAAGGUUGGCAACUUCCGAGUGGAACCUCCCAGCUUAUUCCGUGGGCGAGGCGAACAUCCCAAGACUGGUAAGGUCAAAGUUCGAGUUAUGCCGGAACAGAUCACCAUCAAUAUUGGCAAAGGUGCCAAGGUGCCAACUCCGCCUGCAGGGCACAAGUGGAAAGCCGUCCAGCAUGACCAGAAGGCUACGUGGCUUGCCAUGUGGCAGGAAAACAUCAACGGCGCUUACAAGUACGUCAUGCUUGGAGCUGCCAGUGAUGUGAAAGGACAGAGUGACUACAAGAAGUUCGAAAAGGCUCGUGAGCUGAAGAAGCACAUUGACAAGAUCCGCCGUGACUACACCAAGGAUCUCAAGAGUGAGGUCAUGGCAGAUCGUCAGCGCGCAACAGCCAUGUAUCUGAUCGACAAACUUGCGCUCAGAGCUGGAAAUGAGAAGGACACCGAAAAUGAAGCCGACACUGUUGGUUGCUGCUCUUUGAAGUACGAGCAUAUCACCUUGCAGCCCCCAGAUCAAGUCACAUUUGACUUUCUGGGUAAGGACAGUAUUAGAUACAACGAAACGGCCCGUGUUGAUCCGCAAGUCUUCAAGAAUUUGAAGCUGUUCAAAAAGGCGCCAAAGACGGACGGCGAUGAUCUCUUCGAUCGCCUCAACACGUCUCAACUGAACAAGCAUCUCAACAGCUAUAUGCCUGGGUUGACUGCCAAGGUUUUCCGUACCUACAAUGCGUCCUACACCAUGUCCGAGCUGCUCAAGGAACUCGGGAAAGAUCCACGCUCUCGCGGUACUAUCGCGGAGAAGGUGAAGCUUUACAAUGACUGUAACCGUAAGGUCGCCAUUCUUUGCAAUCACAAGCGAACUGUUGGCGCAGGGCACGAGCAGCAAAUGCAAAAGCUUGGAGAUAGGAUCAAAGGCCUCAGGUAUCAAAAAUGGCGAACCAAGAAAAUGAUGCUCGACAUUGAUCCAACUCAGAAGAAGAAGAAGGGCGCGGCCUUCUUUGAGAAAGACGAAGAUCUCGAUGACGAAUGGAUCAAGGAGCACCAACAAUUCCUGAUCGAAGAGCAACGCACCAAGAUCACGAAGAAAUUUGAAAAGGACAACGAGAAACUUAAGGCUAACAAAGAACGAGUUUUGCCUGAAAAGGAGCUUAAGGAGCGUCUCCAGGCAGUCAAGGAACUCGAGGCCAAGUUCAAAAAGGAGAACAAAACCAACAAGGUGGAGGCUGAGGGCAGAGGAGCAAGCGUGGAGAAGUUCUUGGGUGCUAUUGACAAGAUUGACGAGCGCAUCCGGGUCUUGGAAACACAGGCCGAAGACCGUGAUGGCAAUAAAGAGGUCGCCCUGAGCACUUCAAAGAUUAAUUACAUCGACCCUCGUCUGACGGUGGUGUUUUCAAAGAAGUUUGAUGUUCCUAUUGAGAAGUUCUUCUCCAAGACUCUCCGAGACAAGUUCCGAUGGGCUAUCAAGUCAGUCGAGGACGCGGAGGACUGGGAAUUCUAG